GUCGUUGGUGAAUCGCGCUAGGUGUAGCACGUGUUGCCUACCCGCCGUAGUCGCGCUCUCUCUCUCGCCUCUCCCGCCAGGACCCGCCAGGACCCGCCGCAGCCAUGUCCGCCGCCUCCGAGGCCGCCAUCAAGAAGCUCAACUUGGAGAAGGCCACCAACUUCAUGCGGCAGUACCGCGACCCGCAGAGCCGCGAGCUGCGCAAGCUGUCGGCGCACCAGUUCAUGGAGGUGUGGAGCCACUACGACAAGGACGGCAACGGCUACAUCGAGGGCACCGAGCUGGAUGGCUUCCUCAGGGAGUUCGUGUCCAGCGCCAACGCCACCGACGUCAGCCCUGAAGCCAUGUCUGACGCCAUGCUGUUGGAGCUCAAGCAGUGCUUCAUGGAGGCCUACGACGACAACCAGGACGGCAAGAUAGACAUUCGCGAGCUGGCCCAGCUGCUGCCCAUGGAGGAGAACUUCCUGCUGCUGUUCCGCUUCGACAAUCCCCUUGACUCCAGCGUCGAGUUCAUGAAGAUCUGGCGCGAGUACGACACGGACGGCAGCGGCUACAUCGAGGCCGACGAGCUCAAGAACUUCCUGCGCGACCUCCUGAAGGAGGCCAAGAUCAACGACGUGAGCGAGGACAAGCUGAUCGAAUACACAGACACCAUGCUCCAGGUGUUCGACGCCAACCACGAUGGUAGGCUGCAGCUCUCAGAGAUGGCCAAACUGCUGCCUGUGAAGGAGAACUUCCUGUGCAGACAAAUCUUCAAGCAGGGAAUGGAAGGCGCCACCAAGCUCACCAAGGACGACAUCGAGCGCGUCUUCUCCCUGUAUGACCGCGACAACAACGGCACGAUUGAGAACGAAGAGCUGCGUGGCUUCCUCAAAGACCUCUUGGAGCUUGUGAAGAAGGACUAUGAUGCUACGGAUCUCCGAGAAUUUGAGGAGACUAUCCUGCAAGGAGUUGACUACAACAAGGACGGCAAGAUUAACAAGAAAGAGCUCACAAUGAUUUUACUUGCUCUUGCUAAACACAAUACGGAAGAUUCCUAAGCUCAUUAUACUAUCAGAAUAUCAUAAGAACAUUUCUUUUUGUAAAUAUUGUUUAUGCUAAAAUGAUAUAUAUGAGGGAGAGGGAAAGGAAGGUGGGUGGCACAACCAAAGAAAAUGACUUGCACAUGGUAAAAGGGAAAGGAAAGGAUUGUAACAAUGGUCGAGAAUGUGUUAUGAGUUCUUUGGAACUGACAGUUCAGAUUUAAAUUUAUUGAGGCUUAAACAGGACACAAUAAAAUACAAGGAAAAAUUCUCCUAUAGCUUUGUUUGGAAAGGACAAUGUCAACAAAUAUCCCUAUCAAUCUCUCAUCUCAAACCUAACUCAUGAAUGUUGAGAUUUUGAAAAAAUUAGUAGGGCACUGAGGAUUGUUAGUGAUGUAUAAUAAGACCAUAAAAUAUAUUCUUUUGGCUUGGGCUAAAUUCAAACUGCAAUUCAAUAACCAGAUUUGGGGAAAUAAUUAAGAGUGAACUGCCACUGUAUUAAUAUUUUAGAGAAUGAUUGCUUGCUUUGUAGUGCAGCUAUAGAAUUCGUCCACGUGAAUGAAAGUGGAAAAUUUCCUUCUCCUUUAUAAGCUGUGUUUUUCUUCAUACGUCCCUUUAUCUUCAAUACUUCCUUUCUCUCUCCUUCUCUUAAAUGCAAAUUUAUUACUUCUAUCUUAAAAAAUAACAGUAUUUGCUCUUUCAGCUCACACCAAAGUUGUUUCCAAGCACCUGCUUAGUCUGAUGUAUGUAAAUUUUACUUUAAAUGUUUGUUAAGGGCAUUCCAACUUGCAAUAAUGUUUAACAUCAGAUGUAUAUUCACAUAAAUAUUAUUGUCUGUGUUAUAUUUGCGUGUCUGGUUUAUCAUGAGCCAGAAAACAGAGGAUACUGUUGUGACUCAACUAUAUUUAAGCAAGUAAGUAAGGAAAGGAAAGACUUACAUCUAGGCAAGGGCUGUGUCAUAGUGGAUCUUAUUUCGGGGCGCAUGUUCGUGUACCAAAGAGGAUUGACUCUUUCUUUGGACUAUGACAGCUGCAAUACAUGAUAAAACGAGAGGAAUCGGUGUGAAUGCAUUUAAACGUUCUCUUCUGUGUCUUUGCAACAUUUCUUUUUGUUCUCUUGAAUUGACAUGUAGAUUGCCUUCUUGUAGAUAAUUCUUUUUAGCAUUUUCACUGCUAUUCAAUUUAAAUAAAUAUUUUCAAAGGGACUACGUAAGUUAGAAAUUUCAACCGCAAGAUUUGUCAAGACAAAUUUUUCACUGGAAAAUCAGUCUCAGCAAUUUACUAGCAGAGAAAGUGGUAAAGUGAACAUUCUACUAUGGGUUUUCUAUCCAUAGCGGUAGAUAUAAGUCUUCCAUGAAGCAUUCUUCAUAAAUUUGAUGGGUUUCCCCAGAAGUUUGGACGUAUUGGAGAUUUGGCUGGAUUGCUAAUAUUUGUUCACAUAUCAAGUCAACUAAAAAAUAUUAAGUUAUGUAUCUUUGGCAUUACAUUUGAAGGAAAAGUUCUCAUACGGUGAAUAGGGUUUAAAUCAGAAGCUAUCUGACGAAGGUAACCAUCGGAGGAAUUUGGUGGACAUUGGAAAUAAUGUACAAAUAAGAUGUUACAUAAUAUGUUAAAGGUAUUUCUGAUCUGAAGUUGAAAACAUAGUAUUUUGAGAGGAUACAGCAAUCCGAGAUUCACAGAAAAGCACAAAUAAUCACACAAAUAAUGUUGACUAUGAAUUUUCUCUUUGGUUUGAAUCAGUGCAAAUUAUCUCAAAGGAAAAAGCACAUCUCUAUUAAUAAUUUUUAAGAUUCAAUUGAUAUAUGUGAAUGUUUUGUAUCCUGACAUUGGAGUCACAACUCAUUAUAAAGGAGCACAUCUAACUUUGAAGUUUUGAUAUUUAAUGUAAUAUAUUUAAUGUGUUCAUAACAUAAAUUAUAAGAGGAAUACAUUGAAGUCUCUGCAGUCGCCUUCAUUUCUAUCCAGCUCAGAUGAUUAUGAAGUGAGGACUUUACUCAUACUUUGAUGCUUUAAAACACAGAUCACAGCUUUAACAGAUAGAUGUGUGUUAACAACUGUCAACUGCACAAAAAAGUACUUCCAAAAAACUUGAACAAGAAAACCCAUACCUUGAAGACAGCAGACUCUCAGCCCUAAUUCUGGCGUGUUCAGAAAAAUCAGAAUAUUGUUGACUACCGUGACAUUUUCAACGUCAGUAAGAAACCAAUUGUUUUCAAACAACAUUAUUUGCAUCUCCAGACAAAAAUUGUCAUGAUAUGUAAUAGCCCUAAAUUCUUAUCAAUUAGAGAGUAAACAUACGCACAAAGUUCAUUCUGCACAUUGCAUACAAUAUAUUAGUUGUUGAAGCUUGAAAAAUUUUUAUUCAGAGAUAUGUGCCAAAUGAUGAUCAAUUGAAUAUUGUACAAUCCUUAAAACUAACACCUCUAACUGGUGAACGCCUAAAUGCAAAAUAUAAAACUGUAAAUCAUUUGGCAAAAUUUAAAUACCGAACAUAAAUGAAGACAGGAAACCAUGAUAAUGCAAGGCCAGAUAAAAGAAAGUUGUGAUCUGGAGUAUGUACAAUAAAUCUUCAAUACACGUCACAAAAAGAAAAUCUUGUACAAAAAAAAUCUUGUUUGGUAGAUAUUACGUUAGACAAAAUUUAAUCCACAAUAUAUAAUGGCACUCCUUUUCAUUCUUAAAAUAGCAAUUUUAUUGUCUCAUUACAUUUUGGUGCUGACAGGUAAUAGCUGAUGGCAGUUACCAUUUGAUUUGACAGGACACCAAUAAAAUUUCUUUUUAUCAACCAACAA